AUGGCAGAAGAAAGUCCAAUGAAGGCCAUACCCACAUCCAAGAAGCUGCUGUGUGCUCUUCUCUUCACUGGGAUUCUUUUUCAAUACGCGGGAAGGACCAGUGUUUCAGUGGUGCUGGUGGAGCUACAGAUGCCAUCGGAUAACAGAACACAAACCAACGUCACUCAGGUACAAUAUAGCCAGUUCCAGGUUGGUGUCAUACUGAGUUCAGUCUACAUCGGUUUGUUGCCUUCAAGUUUCCUCGGAGGCUACCUUGCCUAUCGAUACCCCGCUAUUAGGGUUCUCUUGGCCUCGGUGGGUAUGAGUUCUGUUGUCCACAGUGUCGGUCCAUUUGCUUUUCAACACUUCGAAGCUGCAGUGGCACAUCGCAUUGUAGCAGGAUUGGCAGAGGACGGUAUUCCAUUUUGUCGGAUCUUCACGUCCCCCGCUGUCUGGGCAUCCAUUCUGCUACAAGUAGCUGCCUACUGCUGGGAACCAAAUAUUCUGCCGCUCUACUUCAACCAAAGUUUCGGGGCGAGCAUCGAACUGGUAGGAGUGCUGGCUGGGAUUCCUGUACUGAUAUUUGGUGCUUUGGGACCGAUAUUUGCUUUGCUUGGAAACCGUUUAAGCAAGCGGUUUUCAGUAACAAUCGCUCGGAAAGCUUUGGCUAUGAUAGGCUGCCUGGGUGUUUCUGGCUGCUUUCUUGUGGCAGCUUUUACCACCAACUCUGUCGUGGCAGCCUGCUUUGUCGCUGUAGCUUACGGGAGUUCUGCGGCUAGGGCGGCAGUUGCUGAUGCGAACCCAUUUGACAUCGCUCCCCGCUACGCCAGUGUGUUAUGUGGGAUGUGCCGGGUCCUCUGUCGUGUGGUGGGCAUUACGUUCCCUCUAUUGGUGACAACUCUGACCAAGAAUAAGACGACGCAAGAGUGGUCCAACGUCGUUGUUAUUAUUGCCUGUGUGUUUGCUGCCACCGGCUUCUUUUAUGGAGUCUUUGGGAGCGGGGAAGAGCAGUCCUGGGCCACUGACCGUUUACAAGAUGGCGGCGUCAAGCAAAACCAAGAUGGCGAUUUUAAUGAUAGAAUGCGACCAAGAAUGUGUAAUUCAACAGAAUCAACAUGGCUGUGA